AACAGACGUGAUCUCAAGAGGACGUGUAUCUCUCUCUGAAAGCAAAAUAUAUCUCUCAAAGCAAAAUAACGCCGCGUGUGUCGACGAGACAGUGUGUGUGUGUGUUUUUAAAGCGUGUGAUGAACGAGCGCAUUAAUUAAGAGAUAAUCAAAACAAAUUAACACCGGGCCAUGUCUCAAUGAAACAAUAAACCAUCGAUUAGAGCAAAGCGCAUUCAAAGAGGCCCGAGUUAAUCGAACGAUCGAUCGAAAAGGCUUUAUGUUAAAGCUCAGCCCAGCGAGCAUGACAGUUACAGGUCUGCGCCAGACGAUGACCAGCCCCACGGUGCCGCCGAGCAGCAACACACCCGCGGGCAACACCAUCACGAGCAGCAGCAACAUGAGCAGCGGCAACAUGUCCGCCAGCAACACCAACUCGCAAAUCCUGAGUCCCGCUCACCCGGCCGGAUUAAAUCCGCUUUCCAGUCCCACCUCGCCGUCGGCACUGCUGCUGGCCCACCAGCAACAUCUGCUGCAGCAGCACCAGCAACACCAGCAGCAACAGCAGCAGCAACAGCAACAGCAGCAGCAGCAACAAGCGGCCCUCCAGCUGGCCGCAGUGCAUCCGCCGGCGCAUCACCUGCACAAGACCACCUCCCGACUGAGCAACUUUAGCGUGGCCUCCCUGCUGGCGGACACCAGGCCCAGAACGCCACCCAACCAGGCCGGAGAUGCACCACAAAACCUCACCAGUUCGGCGGCCACGUCGCCCAUUUCCCAGGCCAGCAGCACACCGCCACCGCCGCCGGUGUCGUCGGCCAGCCAAGUUCCCGCCAAUGCCUUUCAUCCCGCCGCCGUGGCGCAUCACGCCCACUUGCUGCAGGCCGCCCACGCGGCAGCAGCGGCACAUGCCCAGCACCAGGCGAUGGCCGCCCAGUUGCGCCAGCAGCAGCAGCAGGCCGACGCCCGAGCCAACUCCCCACCCGCCUCCACGAGCUCCACGCCCAGUUCCACGCCCGUGGGAUCGGCGCCGGGAUCCGGCAACGUGGCCUCCACGCCCGCCAAGAACGAGCGACACUCGCCGCUGGGCAGCCACACGGACUCGGAGCUGGAGUACGACGAGGAGAUGAUGCAGGACCACGACCCCGAUCACGACGAGGAGGAGGACUCCAUUGUGGAUAUCGAGGACAUGAACGCGGACGACUCGCCGCGUUCCACGCCAGACGGCCUGGACGGCAGUGGCAAGUCAAUGGAAUCGCCGCACGGUCCUCCGCCGGGUUCGCACAUGCCUUCAACGAUACUUUCGCCGGCGGCUUUGGCCUCCGGUCAUGUGCCCAUCCGCCCGACUCCCUUCAGUGCGCUGGCCGCCGCGGCGGUUGCCUGGACGGGAAUGGGCGCCGGAGUACCGUGGCCGGGAGCCCGGCAAAUGCCGCCCUUCGGACCGCCCGGCAUGUUUCCGGGAGCAGGAUUUGGUGGAGAUGCCAACGAACCGCCGCGGAUCAAGUGCAACCUGCGGAAGCACAAGCCCAACAGGAAGCCCCGCACCCCCUUCACAACACAGCAGCUGCUCUCGCUGGAGAAGAAGUUCCGGGAGAAGCAGUACCUGAGCAUCGCCGAGCGGGCGGAGUUCUCCUCCUCGCUGCGGCUGACGGAGACGCAGGUGAAGAUCUGGUUCCAGAACCGGCGGGCCAAGGCCAAGCGGCUCCAGGAGGCGGAGAUCGAGAAGAUCAAGAUGGCGGCGUUGGGAAGAGGAGCGCCGGGUGCCCAGUGGGCAAUGGCCGGGUACUUCCACCCCAGUUUGAUGCAUCUGGGAUAAGUGGCGGCCCAGUUGGUGGUGCACCGCCAACGCCCCAUGAGCCAUAGUCCCCGUCAUGAUCAUCCUGGUAACCAAAUAGCCGCUGUCGCCGGUCCUCGAGCGGAAACCCCCAAAAUUUUGCUGUGAUGUUAGCGCAUUUUACGUUACGAUACUUCCAAAUGUUGUUUCAAAUGCACACCCUGUAAAUAACGAUAAGAGAGCAAGAAGAAGCACCCGAUCUAACCAAUCGAACAUUGUAUAUAGCGAGAGCAAAAGCAAGCAGAGAAAUGUUUCCUAAUUGUACAUAAAUCUAGCAUGUAAACCCAAUCAAUUAAACACCUUCGUUCGUUUGUUUCGUCUAAUCAAUUGACAAAAGGAUUGAACGUAAUUUAUUUGCACAACUCAAGUCAAUAAGCGUAAAAACAAGAUUAACUAAAUUCAUAUUUGAUUGUAUUGUAUUUUGCAACGUAAGUCAGUCUAGCUAAUGGAUCGAUCGUGUAUUUAAAAAAUACUUCUAAGCAUCUAAACUAAACUAAUCUAAUGCUAUACCUAUGCCGUUAAAAGUACUUUAUGAUAAUACCACAGACCUAUACAUAUAGUUCAUACAUGCAUAAUAUAUUAUGAAUACCAUAUAGCGUUAAUCCUCUGUAGUUGUUUAAUCGUAAAUCAUAAAAAAUGUGAAAAAAUAAUACAAAAACAUGCUAAAAGGGCAGAAGAAAAAUCAGACAAAAAUCAUUGAA